AUGAACUGGACCUCGCACUCUGCCUUUCCCGGCAGCAACGGGCAUGCCUGGCCCGGCAACGCCAUGGACAAUGGCAACGGCGCGCCGCCGCUCGUGCGCGUCGGCCAGGGCCACGGCGACGGCGCGCAGCCGGCGUACGGACGCGAGCUCAGCGCCGACAGCAACGACGACGGCCUGCCGGCCGGUGCGCACUCCAGCGUCGGGCCGAUCCGCGACAACAAGAACGUCGCGCAGCCGCCAGUGAAGAGCGCAUGCACCUUCUGCCGCUCGCGCAAGUCGCGCUGCAACGGCAAGAACCCGUGCGCCGCGUGCAUUGCACGCGGGCGCGAGGACGACUGCUGCUUCACCAUCAGCCGCCGCGGCGGCAAGCCGAAGCCCAAGGCAGACCGCCUCGGCCCGCUCGAGAGCCACAUGGAACAGCUGUUCAGCCUGGCAGACAUGACGACGGCCGUGCGCGUGCCUGGCGAGGUGGCCGGCCUGCGGCACUAUCAGAACCUCACGCCCGAGGACAGCGGCUGGACGGGGCCUGAUCUGAGCCUCUAUCCGGGCCUCACCUACGGCGACAUGACCACGGCUCUGCAGUCGCAGAUGCCGCACCACGCAGGGCCGGGCAGCGUCGGCUCGUCGGGCAACAACAACAACGCGCCAACGUGGAGUGCCGGCAGUGCUGCAGCGCCGCUCACGGGGCUCAACGACUACGCGCCAGCAUCGCCGCCCGGCGGCACGCAGUCGCUGCUCGCAGAGUACUUCCGCUACAUCUACCGCUUCAUCCCCGUCUUCCUCGCGCCGGCGCACGUCGGCUCCGUGGCGUCGGCCAUGUCGCCAUCGAGCCCCUUCUUGCUGGCCAUCCAGGCCGUCAUCCCCUUCCUGCGCGAGGAGCCGCUGCAGGACGGCAUGCACCCGAGCCAGGUCAACUUCGGCUCUGCCAAGCACGAGCGCGUGCGCGAGACAACGACGCGCUUCGAACGCAUGGCCAGCGAGGCCAUCGAUGAGGCGCUCGAGCGCAUCGAGAGCUCGAGCGAAGACGCUGGCACGAGCGAGGCCAUCACGCUGGAGGUCAUCCAGGCGCUGUCUGUGCUUGUCAUUUAUGAGUACGGAAGCGGACGGGCGUUGAAGGCGCGCCUCAAGGCGGACCAGGCGCUCGGCCUGGCCAUGUCCAAGGGCUACCACCAGGCCACGCCGCCGAGCAGCGCGGCGAUGCAGACGCCCUCGAGCUUCACGACGCCGCGCGAGUCGGCCGGCAUGGGCACGCAGCACCCGUACAGCCGUGCCGCUGUGGCGCACGUGCGGGAGAUGAAGAAGCGCGUGUGGUGGACGGUGUGGAGUCUGGUCAUGUGGUGCGCAUACAACACUGCCCGCGCGCCUACUAUCCGCGCAGACGACCCGCGCGUGCGCAUCGAGAUGCCGGCGUGCAAGGACGACUCGGCGUGGGGCAGCAAUGUGCGCUCGCUGCAGGCGCUGCUGCUGGUGCAGGACCGCGUGCUGGCGCUGUCGCACGUCGACGACGCAGACGAGCCUCUGUCGGCGCUCAAUGCUGCCACCUCGCCCACCUCCUCCAUUUCUGCAGCUUCGCCGCACAACAACCCGCGGCACGCCUCGGCCAGCCCGCACUCUAGCUCUUCUGCGCCCGUCAUUCCCUCUUCCUUCUCCAGCCUGCCGCCCAUGGCGAGCCGCAGGGAUAUUCUGCGCUCGAUGGAGGACAUCGAUGCGGCGCUGCAGGAGCAAAUCGCUGCCAUCGAGGCGCCGGGCGCCAACCUUGGCGGCGCUAUCGGCGCCCACAGCCGUGCCGACGGUCGGGCCAAUGCGAGCCCCGACGACAUCGAGGAGGAUCUGGCGCAAUACCUGCGUGCCAGUGCGACGAUCCAGCUCUACACGUCGUCGCUCACGCUGCACCUGGGUCAGGCGUUCCAGGGCGCCAGUCUCUUUGAGCGCAAGCUCUGCUUCCUCAGCAGCGUCAACGAGAGCGCCGGCUCUACAGCCGCAUGCCAGGUGCCAGUGCCCGACGCGUUCCUCGACGAGACGGGCAACGGCCUGGACGGCGCGUGGAUGUCGCAGCAGGAGCAGCAGCAACAACAAGCUCUGGCGCCAGCACCGGCACAGGACCUGUACGCUCGCGGACCCUUCCUGCCGCGCCUCAGUCUCGAGCGCUGCGUGCACGCGAGUAAGCGUCUCCUCGAGAUCGCCCACCACGCCAGCUCCAAGCGGGAUCUGAGCCCGAAUCCGUUCAACGGCUGCUCGCUCGUCCUCAUCUCGUUUGUGUGCCUCAUGCAAGCACUGGCCAUCUCGGGCGGCGGCAUUGCCGACGACGAGACGUUCGAUGCGCAGCCGCACAGCAACUACCCUCGCGAGCUGCUGCUUUCCGCACAGGGCGCCACGGCGCUGUCAAGCGGCAACGCGCAGCCAUACGGCGCGGAGACGUCCGGCGGCGGCUCUGGCCAGCAGUGGCCUUAUCAAGGCGCGGCAGGACCGCACGCCGACGCUCUGCGCCUGCAGCGCCUCGAGCGCAUCUGGCAGCGCGUCAAGGAGGCACACGACACGCUUGCGCGCCUGGCCGACGUCUGGCGCAUCGCGGCGCCGAUGGUCACCGAGAUCUCGUCGUGCCUGUCUGCCUCGCGCGCGCUGCUCGCGGCGCCGUCGGGCAACGGCCACAUGGGCGCCUCGGACUUCAGCGGGCGCUCGCAGCCCGACCAGCAACAGCAGCGGAUACAGGCGCAGCAGCCGCAGCAAGGCUUCGGACAUCAGCAGCUGCACUCGGGCCAGCAGAUGCGCAGCCAGCACGAGCAGCUGCCGAGCGGCAUGAUCUCGCCCGACGGCAUCUGGCCCUCGGUGCUGCACACGCCCUUCUGA